AGUUCUGCUUGUGUGCCAACAAUGUACUGACGUUAGUUAGAAUAACUCAACAAAUAUUAGAUUUUUUGCUUGAUUUUGCUUAUGAUUGUCAAAAAGUAUACACAUCUUUGAUAACACGUUUAGAUUAAAAAAUCAAAUUGAUAACAACUGACAGCUCAAUAACAACUGUGACCUCGAGAUAGUGGGAGUGGUUCUGGUAGAAUGUUUUUAGUUAUGGCUACUGUGGUAUGAGUUGAGUAACUCGAAUUUUUACGUUUGUAAGUUUUGGGUGUUUGUGGUAAGAGGAAACGAAUCUCGUCUAUUUACAGAAUCUCAAACAUGAAUGACCAUUUUGGCUUAAAAUGGGAUCCUAAGAAUCUCGAAAUUCGAACAAUGUCCGUCGAAAAAACGUUGGAACCUUUAGUUUUACAAGUAACAACACUUGUAAACACUAAAGGCCCCAGCAAAAAGAAAAAAGGCAAAUCCAAACGGGCCAACGCUUUAGUGAGCACCGUCGAAAAGGCAACCGAAAAUUUCAUCGAAAAAGGCGAACAAAUCGCAUACGAGAACCCUGACAUAACCCAAGAAAUGCUGUCGGCGGUCGAAGAGGUACGCAAAACCGGCAACGCCAUGAGUAUCGCAGCUAGGGAAUUCUCGGAAGACCCUUGUUCCUCUUUAAAACGCGGCAACAUGGUCCGCGCAGCACGGAAUCUUCUGUCUGCAGUAACGCGUCUGCUAAUUCUUGCCGACAUGGUUGAUGUCCAUCUUCUUCUAAAGUCUCUCCAUGUUGUGGAAAGCGAUUUAGAGAAGUUGAAGAACGCCUCCAGUCAAGGCGAACUCUUGGACAACAUCAAAGCGUUCGGUCAAAACGCGAACGAGUUGAUGAAUCAAGCUGCAAAACGUCAGCAAGAAUUGAAAGAUCCGCAAUUGCGCGAUGACUUGGCAGCUGCUCGCGCUGUUCUCAAAAAACACUCAACGAUGCUGUUGACGGCUUCGAAAGUGUAUGUACGUCAUCCGGAAUUAGCGGCAGCUAAAGCUAACCGGGACUAUGUUUUAAAGCAAGUGUGCGAGGCUGUUAACACUAUAAAUGAUGUUGCUCAAGGUCGUACACCGCAACCUGCUACUGGACCUUACGAUGGACCGGGUGAAUUAGCGGCAGCUCUUGAUGAUUUUGAUGACCAUAUGGUUAUGGAGCCUUUGGCUUAUAACGAGGUCCAUACCCGACCGUCGUUAGAAGAGAGAUUGGAGAGUAUUAUUAGUGGGGCAGCUCUGAUGGCAGAUUCUAGUUGUACUAGAGAUGAAAGACGAGAAAGAAUUGUAGCUGAAUGUAACGCGGUGCGUCAAGCUCUUCAAGAUCUGCUAUCAGAGUAUAUGAGUAAUAUCGGUAGCAAGGAGAAGAGCGAAGGAUUGAACAGAGCUAUAGACAACAUGGGCCGUAAGACUAGAGAUUUAAGGCGACAGUUACGCAAAGCGGUAGUUGACCAUGUCUCUGAUAGUUUCCUGGAAACCAAUGUUCCUCUUUUGGUACUGAUUAAAGCUGCUCAAAACGGUAACGAAAAAGAAGUGGAAGAGUUUGCUGUAAUGUUUACAGAACAUUCUAAUAAGCUUGUAGAGGUUGCCAAUUUAGUGUGCAGUAUGUCAAAUAACGAAGAUGGCGUCAAAAUGGUACGUUACGCUGCAGCUCAAAUCGACAAUCUUUGUCCAGAAGUAAUCAAUGCCGCCCGAAUCUUAGCGGCUAGACCACGUAGCAAAGUUGCUCAGGAAAAUAUGGAAGCGUUCAAACAAACUUGGGAGAACCAAGUCCGCAUUCUGACAGAAGCAGUUGAUGAUAUUACGACCAUAGAUGAUUUCUUGGCUGUUUCUGAAAACCAUAUUCUCGAAGACGUGAAUAAGUGCGUCUUGGCUUUACAAGAAGGUGAUGCAGAUACAUUAGACAGAACGGCAGGUGGUAUCCGAGGUCGGUCAAACCGUGUCUGCAAUGUUGUAACUGCGGAAAUGGAUAAUUACGAACCUUGCAUAUACACAAAAAGGGUGCUGGAAGCUGUGAAAGUUUUAAAUGAUCAAGUUAUGCCAAAAUUUAGCCAGAGGGUCCAAGUUGCAGUGCAAGCUCUGUCUAGCAAUCCUGCAAAGGAAGUAGACGAGAAUGAUUUUAUUGAUGCGUCGAGAUUAGUAUACGAUGGGGUCCGCGAGAUCAGAAGAGCCGUCCUGAUGAAUAGAGCUGAUGAAGAUUUGGACCCAGAAGAUGUGGAAUUAGAUGAAAACUACACUUUAGAGACGCGUAGUAAAUCGAGUGCCCAUACUGGAGAACACGGGGUUGACGAAUAUCCAGAUAUUAGCGGUAUUACAACCGCUAGAGAAGCUAUGGGCAAGAUGCCAGAAGAAGACAAACAGAAAAUUCUCCAACAAGUCGAAUAUUUCAGGAGUGAGAAGCUCAAAUUUGAUCGGGAAGUCGCAAAGUGGGACGACACCGGUAACGAUAUUAUAGUCCUUGCGAAACAUAUGUGCAUGAUUAUGAUGGAGAUGACCGACUUCACCCGGGGUCGUGGUCCGCUCAAAACCACCAUGGACGUCAUCAACGCCGCUAAGAAAAUCUCAGAAGCUGGUACAAAGUUGGACAAACUUACCAGGCAAAUAGCAGAACAGUGCCCAGAAAGUUCGACGAAAAAAGAUCUUUUGGCCUACUUACAACGUAUAGCGCUGUAUUGCCACCAGAUGAAUAUCACCUCAAAAGUAAAAGCUGAUGUUCAGAAUAUUAGUGGAGAGUUGAUAGUUUCAGGCCUUGAUAGCGCUACUUCUUUGAUUCAGGCAGCUAAGAAUUUAAUGAACGCUGUCGUUUUGACAGUCAAAGCGUCGUACGUUGCUUCAACCAAAUAUCCCCGACAGGGAACUAUCUCGUCUCCAAUUGUCGUGUGGAAGAUGAAAGCCCCAGAAAAGAAACCUCUGGUGAGACCUGAAAAACCAGAGGAAGUGCGAGCCAAAGUCCGUAAAGGGUCACAGAAGAAGGUUCAAAACCCUAUCCAUGCCCUUUCCGAAUUCCAAAGCCCCACAGAGUCGGUUUAAGUAAUAUUAUAUAUAUUUAUAUAUUUUUUAUUUUACGUGGUCAUAUCUCACAUUAAUUUAUACGUUUUGAUGUCACUAUGUACAUUUUGCAUUGGUAUAAUUAUUUAUUAUUGUUAAUUGGUCGUUGCCAACAAGAUCUGAUUAAGAUGUAUGGGUAGGAGCACGAACUGCACUGUGGGAAAUAUAAGCAAUCAUAAACAGUUUACAUGUUUGUAACCAUUUCUAUUUUUGUUAUUUUUCUAAAAAUGUUUUAAGAUAAAAGUGUGGCUUCCAAUAUUUGGAUACUCAUUUAAGUUUAUAAGUUUACUUGGCAAGAACUGUUAACAACUUGCGUGCUUGCAUACGUGGUAAUAAAUAUCAUUUUUACAGUAA